AUGCUGGAGCGGACGCAGGUGACCGUGCAUCCACCACCGGACGACCCUGUUCCGCCGGAGAGGCCAAUCCUUGGCGUUUACCCAACGGGCACCGAAAUACCGACGCCGAAUGCACCGAAAUGUCCGUACGAGCUGGAUCGGCUGGCCGUGGGCACCAGGGGCGUUCCCGGCGAGCUGUCCAGGGUGAGGGACCUAUCGCUAAAGUCAUCCCCCUCGAUUGCGACCUCCACGUCGAGACAAUCGACGUCCUGCUCGGAUGUGGCCCUCGACAAGGAGGUAACAAUGUACGGGUGUUUCAAAUUCAAUCCCAGUUCAAGAAAUGCCCGGCGCUUAUUCAUGACGCACAUGCUGAUAGUACUGCUCAUUCCAAUUGCAUCGGUCGUAAUACAAAACAUGAUACUACUCCAGCAACACGUGAAAUCUUACCGCACUACAGUGAUGGGUGAUGAAGAAAUGGCGCUAACGAUUAACAUAACGCGCCUGUUGAAUGUGAUUCAAAAUGAGCGGAUGAGUCUUGUGUACUACAUGAUGACGGGCAAAAAUCAAACGCAGGUCCAGCUAGCUAUCGCCAACACGAACGACGCCCUGACGCACCUUGGGGAGGAAGUGAGCUAUCUGCUUCCGUCGGGUGCGAUCAACGAGACGCUUUUAUCCGAAAUGAGCAAAGCAAGGGAUGUGAUGCUUGGAAUUCACCGCCCCGAAAACGAAACAUUCAUCGGGCUGGCUUACUUCGAGCCGUACAACGCGCUCAACCGGUACAUUAUCAAUCAGAUUGUGCGCAGCACCGGUAAGUCGAUCAGCUCGACCGUUUGGCGCCAGUUCGUGGUGUAUAAAAACCUGAUCGAGGCGAUUGAAAGCAUAAACAUUGCCGCGAUCCUGGUGCUGCAGUUCAUUAGCAACGGCUACCUCGUGCUGUCCGAUUACGCGCAGUUCGUACGCCGAGAUUCCGGUGCUUUCGAUUAUCUAGCUUCGGCGCAGAACUUUAUGACGUCGCUCAACAUAAUGUCCAAGGCGGAGUUCAAGGUGAUGCAGCAAUGGCGCAGCCAGGUGCUCAUCAACAUGUCCACCGAGUACCGCGCGGAUGCGAUGCUGGAAUACUACUACUCGGUCACCACCAUCCUGCGGAACUUGCAAAUGGUGCAGGAUCAGAUUCAAACCGACGUGAAGCGAACGAUCCACAGCGAGAUCCGCAGUGCCAGGCAUCACCAGUCGAUCUCGAUCGGACUGGUCGUGCUGAUCUUCGUCAUCGGUCCGAUCCUGUUCUUCAUGAUACGAGUAGCCACCAACACGAUACAGAACUACUCGACGAAGCUGAUGGCACGCACGAUGGAGCUAAGGAUGGAAAAGGGCAAGUCCGAUCGUCUGCUGUACCAGAUGCUCCCGCCAGCCGUGGUGAAGCAGCUGAAGCAACAGCGCCAGGUACCGGCGGAAACGUUCGACGCGGUGACAAUUUUCUUCAGCGACAUCGUCGGUUUCACUGACAUCUCGGCCAACAGCAGUGCGAUGGAGGUGGUCACCAUGCUCAACACGCUGUAUCGCUUGUUCGACUCGAUCAUCCUCAAGUACGACGUGUACAAGGUGGAAACGAUUGGUGACGCUUACAUGGUGGUAUCCGGUUUACCCCAGCGCAACGGAAACCGGCAUGCCGGGGAGAUUGCCAUGAUGUCGCUGGACUUGGUGUGUGGAAUUUCGGGGUUCACGAUACCGCACAUGAAAAACCGAACUCUAGAGAUUCGUGUCGGCAUCAAUACUGGACCGUGCGUGGCUGGUGUCGUUGGUACUACGAUGCCGAGGUACUGCCUGUUUGGGGACACCAUCAAUACGGCCUCACGGAUGGAAUCGACCGGAGAACCUAUGAAGAUACAUAUCUCGGAGAGUACCAAGGAAGUGCUGGACAAACUGGGAGGCUUCAAAAUUAAGCUGCGCGGCACUGUGGAUGUGAAGGGCAAAGGAACGAUGGAAACAUUCUGGCUGAUGGGGCACACGCUGUACGAAAACCUCUCACCAGACAUGCUGAUACCGAUGUACAAACAAAACGUCGUUACGGAGCCGGAUUUCCUGCAAAUCGUUUAA